AUGGGCGGCCACGACGAGGAGAGGGCGGCAUCAGGCCACGCAAGGCUGACGGCCCCAGACCCUGGAGAUGCCAAGCAAGCGUGGGGCAGCGAUGACCGCAUCGCCGCGGGCCCGCCGCCUGCGUCGCAUUCCACCGCCGCGCUCCACAUCCCUUCCAAAGACGAGCUCGAAGCCAUUGCCGGCCGUCAGGAUGCAAAGCGCAAAGCCAUGCAAGCAGCCAAGUUGCACACCCAACGCCAUGAAGAGGAAGCCGCUGCCGCCGCUCUGAUUCAACGCAACUACAGAGGUUACAAGCAGCGCCGCGAGCUCGCCGGCAUGGGACUGGAUGCGUCAACGCGCUGGGUUGAGGUACGUGAGACACUGCCGCUGAGACCGCACCACUGCCUUCCUCCUCCUCCUCCUCCUCCCCCUCCACGCCAGCUAUCUCGCAUUUCCCGCUCCGCCCUGUCUGCUGCAGUGCGACCGAUUAUUAGGAAAUGCCGAUCAGCUAACGGUGAUCUACGUGCUCCACAGGCUAUCAAAGAGGCGCGAUGGAGGAACGCAACGCGGCCCAUGCCCCGCAACGACCGAACCUCAGGCGACCGUGACAAGCUCAGCCCUGCCGCGAGGUCCCGCGCCGCAUCGGAUGCUGCGAAAGAGAACUGGCGACGCAUCGGCGAAGUAGCACGCCGUGCAGGCGGAGACGACGCGGUACCCGAUGAAUCCGAUACCGAUGAAACCCAAUUGUCGCCGGAGGAGCACGAGCGCCGGCGGGCACGGAAGGCAGAGGCAAAGCGCGAGCGGGAAAAGACAGCGAAGGUGAUGGACCUGCAGUACUGGCUUGAAAUGGUCGACCAGAAACACCGAUACGGCUCCAACCUACGCGCUUACCAUUCCGAAUGGAAGAAAUCUGGCACACACGAGAAUUUCUUCUAUUGGCUGGAUUAUGGAGAAGGCAGACGCUUCGAGGUACCAACAUGCUCAAGGGAGCGGCUGGAGAGGGAACAGGUUCGAUACUUGAACAGGGAAGAAAGACAGAACUACCUGGUGAAGCUUGAUAGCGAGGGGAGGCUGUGCUGGGCGAAAAAUGGUGAACGAAUCACUACAUCUACGGAGUUCAAGGACAGUGUCAAAGGCAUCGUUCCCAACGCUGAUGGAACCCCAGCAUACAGCAGGGACAGCACAUCAUCCAACAGCAGCUCCUCCAAUGCGAGUUCGAUGUUGUCCACGGGCUCGACGGAUCCAGAAGGAGAUCACUACGUGAACCAUGACCUGGAAAAAGCAAAAGGCAUCAAGAAGAUCAAGCACGUAUCUGCGGCCGCAAUACUGAACCAUCUGCUACGCCGGAGUGUUAAGCCCAACAGCUGGAUUUUUGUUGCCGACACUUCGUUCCGCCUUUAUGUUGGCAUCAAACAAUCUGGGGCAUUCCAGCACAGCUCGUUCCUCCAUGGCGCUCGCAUUUCGGCUGCCGGUCUCAUCAAGAUCAAGGAUGGACAGCUACGCCGCCUUUCACCCCUUUCUGGUCAUUAUCGCCCGCCCACUUCCAAUUUCCGCGCCUUCGUCCACUCGUUGCGAGAUGCCGGGGUCGACAUGAACCGCGUAUCCAUCUCCCGUAGCUACGCUAUCUUAGUCGGGCUGGAGGCGUAUGUCAAGACGCGUCGAAAGUUCAAGCACGGUGCCGAACACGCCAGCCACGGGAAGGAGAAGGUACUUCAUCCCGAGGAAUUGGCCAAGCGAAAAGAACAGGAGAAAGACAAGAGCAAGAGCGCGGAGAGGGAACGGCAGAUUCUGGCGGAAGCAGCGGCAAAGCAGGAAGACCGCAAGAGGAGCAACAGCCUACGCUUGAGGAUACUGAGGAAACUGGGGGUCGGAGGUGCGGCCAAUGCGCCCAAAGGCGAGAGGACGAAGAGGAGCAGGGGAGAAACAAGCUCCAGAGACGUGGAAAGCGGUAUUCCGCCGGACGGAAAGCGAUAG